AUGCGCAUGGUGCUAAGGGGUGGCCGCAGCAAGCCCAGAAGACUCCAGCCAGCGUCGGCCCGUGGCAUCCUCGCCAGCUACCGCGGGCUUCCUAUCCUCUUCAAGCUCCGGGCCCACAGGCCGCCGUCCCCCGGCCUCGGGCUGGACCUGGGUGUCUGUGAGUGGCCUGGCUGGCCAGGGCAGCGGCAGCUCGACGUCUCCACCUGCUGGCUGCCCUGUGCGCGGCGGCCACACCUGGGCACACCUGGGCACGGGCAGAGCAGGGACAUGGGCAAACGCUGCAGAUCUGGGAAGCAACAGAGAACCACGAGGAGCAAGGCCCUGGCGGGGCGUCUGCUGCCUGCGAACCCAGACGACUGGCAGCACCUCGGGGGCCUCCACACCGCACUGAACACGGAAUGGAGCACCGUGGAGGACCGGGGGCCCUUGGCUGCGUGCGCGCCAGGGGCCCGAGCGACCCGCCUGAUCGUGCUCAGUGGUUCUGAGCCGCUGCCCGCCGUCCCUCCAUCCCUCCGUCUCCUUGGGAGCCCCAGGUUUGAGCCCUGUCUCGGUCCUCACCUGUACCGAGCACUCGCUGCCAGACCCUCCCCUGGCUCCAGCCUGCGUAUUCUGACGGCACCUCGGCGGCCCGGCAUAAUGGGAGAAGACGCCAGGCCACAGGAGGCUGCAGCCACCAGCUCCCCCAGGGCCAGUGAGCCGGGCCCCAAGGUCCAGCAGCCUGGGGAGUCGGCGGCGCCGGGAACCAGCCCGCAGCAGCUGCCGGUGGAACAUCACUUCGCGUGCAAGGAGUGUGGGGCCGCCUUCCGCCUCAAGGUCCUCCUGGUGCAACACCAGCGCGUGCACAGUGAGGAGAAGGGCUGGGAGUGCGGCGACUGCGGGCGCGUCUUCAGGGGGGUGGCCGAGUUCAACGAGCACCGCCAGAGCCACGUGGCCGCGGAGCCCCGGCCGGGGCCCAGCCGCGCAGCCGGGGCGCCGGAGACGGGCGAGCAGAUGGAGCGCGAGGCCAAGCCCUUCGCCUGCGAAGAGUGUGGCCGGCGCUUCAAGAAGAACGCAGGCCUGAGCCAGCACCUGCGGGUGCACAGCCGCGAGAAGCCCUUGGCCUGCGAGGAGUGCGGGCGCGGCUUCAAGGCCUGUCAAGGGCUCGUCGCAUUGGGAACCGAGGCUGCUGCUUCCCCUGUUCUGGCCGAGUCCCACCUGGCCGUCAACGCCUGCUUGAUGCGGCGCCUGCUGUUUGCUAAGAUGCUGCGGCACAACGGCCCACUAGCGCUGGUCCGCUCGCCUGCCGCCACGCUCAGCCCGGGCUGUGUGUUCACGCUCAAGAGGAAGAUCCUCUCGGAAGCCGGCCCUCGGCCUCUCGGAAGCCGGCCCUCGGCACCCCCGCCUAGGGAAGCGGUGGAGAUGACGGGCCAGAUCAUCCACUGGGUGCGGGAGGACCCGUCGGGGCUGGGCCACCACUGCCCGCCACCCCUUGAGGCCCCUCAUCACCCACAAUCACAGAACUGGGGACUGGUGGCCUCUUUUACAUACAAGACAUAA